AGCACAGUGGUGACUUCUCAGUGACUUCCCUGCUGUUGCUGUGAGGCAGAAUUGCUCAAUGCUGGCAGCUGCCUUGCUUUGAUACUGAGUCUUUCCAGACAGGGUGAUUACACGGGUGUCAGCUUUUAGCCACCCUGGGGAAUUCCCAGGGUUUGUGCAAGACUUCCUGUUUUUAAAGUCCCCUGCCUUUACCUGCCUGCAGACUCCUCUUGGGUGACUUCCAGGCUCCAGACAUGGGGCUUCCUAAAACUUGUGCCUCUGCUGUGCUUUUGGUGCCGUCUGCUCUGGAGGCCUGUGCCCUGAACACAGAUGUUGCAGCCAGCUGUGAGCAAAAUAACAUUUUAGAAUCAUAGACUUGAUGAAGUGUUGGUUUCUUCUGAGGAGGCCUUGGUGCCGAUGGAGAAGAAUCAUUCUUUUGGGUGACACUAUAUAGUGAAGAGGAAGAUUUCACAGGGAGGUAGAAGGGUUUUUUUGAUUUCUUGCUAAGCAGUAAAUGAUGAGUCAGGUUAUGUUCCUUACUUUCACUGAUAUACCACAAGUCCUAACUAAGGUUUUUCUAGGCAUCAUCUGAAACUAUAGUACAAAAUACUAUGUUAAAAACUUCUUUCCCUGAGAAAAAAAAAUGCUGUUUUCCAUGAGUAAUUUCAAGUUGCUUAUUGUACAAAAACUUCCUUUUGAAAGGACCAUCAUAGAAAAAUAUUGUGUUGUUGCAUUCUUUCUCACAAAACAAGCAAGUCUGUUAAUUCUAGUCAGAGAGGUCAGCACAAUUCAAGAGAUAGUUUAUAUUGCAGUGUGAGCCCAGUGGGGAGGACACUCUCAGGCACCACUUGACCUGUAACAAGCCAUUGACGAAAAGCAGGAGGUACGGUAUGGUGGGACCACGUCUCAUAAACAUUGCUUAAUUAUCUGCACUCUGAAGCAAGAGGGCUGUACCCCACACAGGUGGUCUGUCUUCAGCACUGGCUGAAGUUUUCACUGAUGGCAGCCAUAUGCAGCAAGGUGAUUUGGAGCAGUGUAUCCUAGUAGGGGAGUCUGGGCUUGCCCCGAGAUGGCUUUAAAAGCCUGGAGAGGGAUGUGCGAAUUAAAUGUGUAAGUGCUCCUUCCAAUGUACCCCUUGUAGAAUAACAUGGCCUCUGACAAGCUCUCUUAGCCUUUUGUUCUACUUUUAUUUACAACAUUUCGUAUUGUAAACAAGAUCAAAUUCCUAGAAAAGCUUCUUUGACUUUUUGGCCGAAAUAUACUGUACCCUCUCAGAUUACUCUGCAGAAGAUUAUUUCCAAAGCAGAUUUGUUAACCUUUACUCCUCCUCUUCCUCUCUGGUUUAUAUUCCCCAUGCUGAUCCAGGAUCUGGGAGGCUGCAGCCAUGCUCCCUCCCCAGGCUCUCCUGCCUGCUGUGGUGUUUGCACUCACCGCCCUUCAGGCCCUUGCCUCCGACACCUUCAUCGCGGCCGUCUACGAGCACGCUGUCGUCCUGCCAGAGCCCACCGAUGAGCCCGUCUCUCCCAGCCGUGCUUUGGCCCUGAUGAACAAAAACAUGGAUGUCUUGGAAGGGGCCAUCAAGGAAGCUGCCCGGCAGGGUGCCCACAUCAUUGUGACUCCUGAAGACGCCAUCUAUGGCUGGCAAUUCACAAGAGAAUCCAUCUACCCCUACCUGGAGGAUAUCCCUGAUCCGGCGGUGGACUGGAUUCCCUGCACUGACCCCUCAAGAUUUGGUCCAGCACCAGUGCAGGAACGACUCAGCUGCAUGGCCAGAAAUAACUCCAUCUACGUGGUUGCAAAUAUCGGGGACAAGAAGCUGUGUGACUCCAGUGAUCCCAAGUGCCCCGAGGACGGUCGCUACCAGUACAAUACGGAUGUUGUCUUUGACACGCAGGGGAAACUGGUGGCUCGUUACCACAAGUACAACCUGUUUAGAAGUGAAACUCAGUUUAAUUAUCCAAAAGAGCCACAAGCUGUCACCUUUGAGACUCCUUUUGGGAAGUUUGGCCUUUUCACUUGCUUUGACAUCCUUUUCUAUGAGCCUGCUGUGGUCCUGGUGAGCAAGAUGCAGGUGGACACCGUGCUCUUCCCAACAGCUUGGAUGAAUGUCCUGCCCUUUCUGACUGCAAUUGAGUUUCACUCUGCCUGGGCUAUGGGUAUGGGUGUUAAUUUACUUUCAGCAAAUACUCACAACACCAGCAUGGCAAUGACAGGCAGCGGGCUGUUCACACCAGAAGGACCUGCCACCUACCACUACGACAGUGCCACCGAGGAGGGACGGCUCCUGCUGGCUGAGCUGAGUGCACACCCCCGUCUUUCCCCCACCUACCCUCCUGCCAUCAACUGGAGCUUGUAUGCCACGAGCAUCAAGGAAUUUCCUGGAGAAAACGACACUUUCUCGGGAGCUGUCCGGAAGGAUAUAUUCACUUUCAGUGAACUCAGGCACAAGGAUGGAAAUUACACUGUUUGCCAAGGAGACCUCUGCUGUCAUCUGGUCUACCAGAUGUCAAACAAGAGUGAAGAUGAAGUCUAUGUCCUGGGUGCAUUUGAUGGCCUUCACGGUUCUCUCAUAAAAUAUCAUUGGCAGAUCUGCACUCUGCUCAAGUGUCCCAGCACAAACCUGAGCAUGUGUGGGCAGCCCGUGGAGACGGCUCAGACCAAGUUUGAGAUGUUCUCCCUCAGUGGCACGUUUGGCACCAGCUACGUCUUCCCAGAAGUGCUGUACAGCGGGGUGCAGCUGGCCCCCGGGGAGUUCGAGGUGCUACGUGAUGGGCGUUUGAAAAGCAAGCACAGCACGUCGAAACCGCUCAUAACAGCGACACUUUUUGGAAGGGUUUAUGAGAAGGACCUGCCACAUCCUCUGCGAAUUUCCCUGUAAAGUAUCUCCUUAGCAGUUACACACUGACCAGAGUGUGAGGGGAAUUUCCUCCUGAGCCACAGCAGUUACCCUGUAUGAUUCCUUUUUCUGCAAUAUUGCAUUUCUGCUCAGCAGCUGUGGCAGUUGGGCUUAUUUGGGACAAAGUGAUACGCUCACUCUGCUGUGCAUGCCUUUUUAACAGUGCUUGAGCCAGUGCAAUUAUUUCUUAGUAUGCAUGGUCUGUCACAUGAACCUUUUAAUCAGAGGUUUUGUUUCCCCCAAGAUAUCAUAUAGAUUGCUGUGAUUACAGUGGAAAGAAGACUGAUACCAAAAUCUAUGAAAAGUAGUUUGUCAUUUUGUUGGAAAAUAAAUUCUCUCCAAAAAAGCCUUUCUGUCCCAUUUGCCCCUUCCUGUUUUUCAGACUGUAUAAUCAUUAAGUUUUUGCAUUUUUCAGCCUUACAGCUCAAUCAACAGGGCCUACUUAACACUCAAUGAGCCUUGGACCCAUUCUGACCAUGGUACUGUACAAUAAAGAGACAAACGGAUUUGAAAUUAUCUUAGGUGCAAUGUUAGAGAGAGAAAGUGGUCCUCCACAGCCCACCCAGAUGUUGGGUCUA